GAACCUUCAAAUGAAUACAUCGAUGACGAUGAUUAUGACGAUGACAUAGUAGUGACCACAACCACCACAACAACAACAACUACAACAACGGCCGCCACUGCGGGGCCGACGGACACACCGGUGGCACAGGAGAUACACACGAAGGCUAUGUACACGUGCUCUAAGGGCUCAUACUUUGACUAUUUCGAGAGGAUAUCGACCACCGAUAGUAACCAACGGAUCUAUUGCAACGGAUUAUUCUUCGAGAAACACAACUAUACGCUGUUUGGCUUUAGAAACAACGCGAAGAUUGUUUUAAAAGUGGUCAACGCUUACGGCUUUCUUAAGGAUGUUAAUGGCAGUGAAAGCUAUACAGAUAUCGGGGUAAUAUCGGGCGGCAAAUGCGCCGGCGCUAUGAUCUUGAAACAAGAGGCCAAUCGGGCGCUAAGCGGCUCCUGUGACUCACCCGACGGCGUGACACGUGUGCUGUCCCGUCGGUCGGACGCCCUCUACGCGGUCAGGGGUGAGAGGUGUGGCUCAACCUGUUUGGGACACAAUAGUGUUGAGUAUUGGCCGGGAAAGUCAUUUCGGUCUCAUAACUAG